AUGGUAACCAUCCGAGCCGACGAAAUUAGUAAUAUUAUCCGUGAACGCAUUGAACAAUAUAAUAGAGAAGUAAAGAUUGUAAAUACUGGUACCGUACUUCAAGUAGGCGAUGGCAUUGCUCGUAUUCAUGGUCUUGAUGAAGUAAUGGCAGGUGAAUUAGUAGAAUUUGAAGAAGGUACAAUAGGCAUUGCUUUGAAUUUGGAAUCAAAUAAUGUUGGUGUUGUAUUAAUGGGUGACGGUUUGAUGAUACAAGAGGGAAGUUCUGUAAAAGCAACAGGAAGAAUUGCUCAGAUACCUGUGAGUGAGGCUUAUUUGGGUCGUGUUAUAAAUGCCCUAGCGAAACCUAUUGAUGGUAGAGGUGAAAUUUCAGCUUCUGAAUCUCGGUUAAUUGAAUCUCCCGCUCCAGGUAUUAUUUCGAGACGUUCCGUAUAUGAGCCUCUUCAAACAGGGCUUAUUGCUAUUGAUUCGAUGAUCCCUAUAGGGCGUGGUCAACGAGAAUUAAUUAUUGGGGAUAGACAGACCGGUAAAACAGCAGUAGCCACAGAUACUAUUCUCAAUCAACAAGGGCAAAAUGUAAUAUGUGUUUAUGUAGCUAUUGGUCAAAAAGCAUCCUCUGUAGCUCAGGUAGUGACUACUUUCCAGGAAAGGGGAGCGAUGGAAUACACUAUUGUGGUAGCUGAAACGGCGGACUCGCCUGCUACAUUACAAUACCUUGCCCCUUAUACAGGAGCAGCUCUGGCUGAAUAUUUUAUGUACCGUAAACGACACACUUUAAUUAUUUAUGAUGAUCCCUCCAAACAAGCACAAGCUUAUCGUCAAAUGUCUCUUCUAUUACGAAGACCACCUGGUCGCGAAGCUUAUCCAGGAGAUGUUUUUUAUUUGCACUCACGCCUUUUGGAAAGAGCCGCUAAAUCAAGUUCUUCUUUAGGUGAAGGAAGUAUGACUGCUUUACCAAUAGUUGAGACCCAAUCGGGAGAUGUUUCGGCUUAUAUUCCCACGAAUGUAAUUUCCAUUACAGAUGGACAAAUAUUCUUAUCCGCCGAUUUAUUCAAUGCUGGAAUCAGGCCUGCUAUUAAUGUGGGUAUUUCCGUCUCCAGAGUAGGAUCCGCGGCUCAAAUUAAAGCCAUGAAACAAGUAGCUGGCAAAUCCAAAUUGGAACUGGCGCAAUUCGCAGAAUUAGAAGCCUUUGCACAAUUCGCUUCUGAUCUUGAUAAAGCUACUCAGAAUCAAUUGGCAAGAGGUCAACGAUUACGUGAAUUGCUCAAACAAUCCCAAUCAUCCCCUCUUACGGUGGAAGAACAGAUAAUGACUAUUUAUACUGGAACAAAUGGUUAUCUUGAUUCAUUAGAAAUUGGACAGGUAAGGAAAUUUCUUGCUGAGUUACGUAAUUACUUAAAAACGAAUAAACCUCAGUUCCAAGAAAUCAUAUCUUCUACCAAGACAUUCACCGAGGAAGCAGAAACCCUUUUGAAAGAAACUAUUCAGGAACAGAUGGAACGCUUUCUACUUCAGGAACAAGCAUAA